GAAUUUUUGACCUUUAAUGUCAGGAGGUACUCUUGGUCGAAGCUCUAAAAAACCUAAAUACAAAAUUGAAUUUCAUCCAGAAGACUCACAUUUUCUCCCUGAUGAUGAUCAGGAAGCUGUUGUUAUGCCCAAUAAAAAAGGAGAGAAGUUUCUGUGUUUUCUACCCAAAGGGCAUAAUUCAAAAAGCAGUAAACUAGUCAGUAAUCAGAAUACGAACAGCUUGAUCUUGGAGACUGAGAAACACAUUAAACUAAAGACACUUGAUGAGCUACUAGAAAUGCUUAAGGAUAUAUGUCUUAUCAAGAAAGAGGGAUGGUGGUCAUAUGAAUUUUGUUACCAGAAGAAGUUGCGACAAAUUCAUUUGGAGUAUGAGAAGGUGGUUCAAGAAUUUGUCUUGGGUUACUAUGACAGUGUGGCUACAAUUGCUUCUAAUGAGAACCAUUCUGAUAUUUCUACAUGAGAAAUAGCAAACCUAUUUAUUUUUUGGCAAGCUGUGUGAAUUUGAUCAUGGACAUGGCUACUUAUAUGUUUAAACAUAAAGUUGGAUGAUUCUACCACAAACCUAUUCAAAUUAGCAGGAAGUGAGUUGAUAAGCAGGGGUUUGACUGUUAUUCCGCACCACUGUUCUUGCAAGACUUGAGGCAAAAUUAGUUCAAUUGCAAAAGACUUAGAGGUAAAGUAGCCAAUAGAUACGUACAUUACUAUGGCUAUUUAUUGUUAUAAUUAGUUUAUGUCUUUAGUCAUUACAAAGUUGUAUAGAAAUUUCAUUUUAGUAGUGAUGAUGAAGUCUUUUAAUAUAUUGAUUGAGUUUACUUUGAUCGCA